AUGUGGGGUCCGACUUCCCGAGCGCCGACGUCGCCGAUGCCUCUCGCCGACGUCGCCGCGGCGUCCCCGGGGCGUCGCCGAGGCAUCGGCGAGGCAGCGGCGCCGGGGCGGGAGCCCCCCGACGCCGAGGCCCCACGGGGAGAGGCAGGGCGGCGAGCUCAGCACGCGCCGUCGCCGCCCCCCGGCCAGGCCCGCCCUGGGACCCCGGGCCAGCGGCGGGCCGGCGGGCGGGGCGUGCACGCGGCUCCCGGGCACGGGGCGGGCCUUUUUAGGGGCGGUGGACGUGCACCCAGACAGGAUCGGGGCCGACGGGAUCGAGGGGAAGCGUUAGCCUUCACCUUCGUUGCUUUGAGAGACAGCCAGCCAGCCAGCCAGACAAAGCCUGCAGGCCCAGCUUUCUGGGUGCCAGCCGUGUCGGCUGCGCCUUACAGUCGCAGUCUCCGUAGCCAGAUUGUCAAGCUGAGUUGCCUCUUCCAUCCCCUCGCUCUCUGCACAUUCCUUUCGUUCCGCGCUUCCUGCCAGCCCUCUCCCCGCUCCCCUCGCUGUCGUCGCCAGGGCGGCGCGCCUCCGUCGCCAAGUCUGCCCCCUGUCUCCUCCCCACAGUGGCCCCACGGCCCUCGAACCUCGAGGAUCGAUUCUCGAUGUUCGAUCCCUCAGUAUGUCCAGCGCAGUUUGGGCCUCCCGGGCCCGCUUUUCAGCUCCCGCGGUGGGCGAGGCGAGGCAGCAGCGGGCUCGCCAAGAUCGCCUCGCUCCGCGCCAGCUCCUUCGAGCGCCAAGCCUCUUCACCUUGUCAUCCGCUCAGGGGCGGCAGGGCCGAUCCCCAGCAGACCGACCCCUCCCGUGACGACCCCGCCCCCGCCUCGCUCCAGGACGAGGGCGGGCGGCCGCAUGGGCCGCAUGGGUAGCCUCGAGGGCGAGGGUCCCGUCACGGAGGGGGCUCGGUCGUCGUGUGCUCGGGCUUCGUGCCAGUCUGUGACACGGUCCAGUCGGCGCGUGCCAGUAGGGAACAGAACCGCACAGACAAUCACAGACACGAGUGCGAUCGUCGAUUCCCAGGAGACAAGAGCAGGUGGCAGAGGCAUGUUUUGA